UCUGACCACAACUAGGAAGGCGACACCUCUUCUACCCUCCUGUAGCCCAGCUUCUCAGCUCCUUCUCGCACUCGCCUGUGCCAGUCUACAGGUAUCUGAAUACGCGAUUCCUGUCAGAAUGGUACAACGGGGAGAAGAGGAGACAGACUAAGAAGGACAAAUCUCUGACAAGUUGCACCAGGAGGGCAAGGUAGAGAAGAACGAUGGCAGCGAUUGUGACAGGCUUGAUCCCAAUCCUCAGAACUGCUGUCGAGGCCUCCACUGACUACACAGGUCGGACACUAUGGUUUGGAUUUCUAACCUUACGCUUGGUUACUCUCUACAUUUCGGAGAUGCCCUGGGGGAAGCUGGAUUCAGAUUUUAGCUGUAACGUGACCUACACAGACUUUUGCCACAAAUCCUGUUUCAACCAGCACUUUAACUUGCCUAUGGUCAGUCUGUGGAACUUCACCUACGUCCUCUUUGCCAUCUCGGUCCUCCUCAUGGAGCUCUUUGCCUCCCAGUUGCGGCACAACCUAAUCAAAAAGCGACUGAGGAAGGACCCCACCGAAGAUCUGGACGUUCACAUUACUAUCACAGGGGUCAAAGGCCAUGACCUGGCCAACAAAGAUAUGAUGAUCGAUUUCCACAAAAGGAAGACUGUCCUCUGCCUCUACCUUAUGACCGUUUUCCUAAGGAUUGCCAUUGAGGCAGUUUUCCUCGCUAUCCUGAUCUUCUGGCAGCUGCCCAAGGUGGAUGGACAGCCUUUUCUGUGCCAAACAGAGCUGUGCCCAGGACCGUACAUCUGUAUUGUUCGAGCUAGUCCUGAGAAGCAAAUGUCCAUCUACACACUUGUCUUUAUCUCUGGCAUGAUACUUCUCACCAAUGUGGUGUUCUUUCUCUAUUCUGUGUGUCACUACAUGAUUUUAGGGAGAAGCAGGUCAGCAAGUCCAGUUUAAACAUAGAAAGUUUUGAAUUUUCAGAAUCAAAGGAAACAUGCAAAGCCCAGAGGAGUGCAGGUUAUGUGGUGGUCAUAGCAGUUUACAGAUUCAGUCACAAUUAUUCAAAUUCGGAAGUACAGUAGCCAAAGAGAAACUGAUUAACAUGACAGCCACCAUCCCGUUGGUCAUCCAAUCAGUGGCAGGUAAAAACCCUUCUCCUGUGAUGACCAUCACAUAAGAAAGUGAAGUUUAUGAGAAAACGUAGAACCUGUGAGGUCCAUCUGACCUACCAUUAAUUUAUGCUGGAUGAAGGAGUAGAUGGGGGGUCAUGAGGUCACUGGAAAGGGGUGUGUGGCACUCCUGAUAUCUGUACAAAAUGAAGAAGGUCCAAGUCUUUAGAGUCCUGGUGCAUCCUGUCUUGCUAUAUGGUUUUCCAGUGACUUGAGACGAUGACUGGAUUCAUUUAUGUGUGUCUCUUCGGAGAAUCCUUGGGUACCGUUGGUUUGAUUUUGUGCUGCGUAUGGAGUCCUGAAUGAGGCACAUGACCUGCAUUGUGAGGAAGUGUCAGUUAUGGCACUACGGCCAUGUGGCGCGAUUCACCCGAGGGUGAAUUGUUGAGGAACCCAACAGAUGAACUAGGCCAACGGGAUGCCCACGCUAACACCUGGCUGUGGCAGAUGGUGGGACUAGACCUUGUGUCUGCCUGGGGGGCUGCCGACCAGGAUCCUGAACUG